GAUCGCUGGACAUCUUCCCGACCCCCCACAAAAAGAAGGGUGGAUAAGCCAAGUGUAUCCCCGGAACGCACGAUGAUUCCGAUUCUGGGCAACUUUGAGCUGAAAGAAGGAGUGAAACAGAUCGUCGGCGUGUCGGACAUCACCGAAAAUCGCAACAUAUGGCGCAUGCUGAUUGCGGAGUUCCUCGGCACCUUCUUUCUGGUGGCGAUCGGCAUCGGUAGCACGAUGGGCUGGGCCGACUACAGCCCGCCGUUGACGCAGAUUGCGUUCACCUUCGGCCUGGUGGUGGCCACCCUGGCCCAGGCGUUCGGGCACGUGAGCGGAUGCCACAUCAAUCCGGCCGUUACGAUCGGGCUGAUGGUAACGGGCGACGUCAGCAUUCUGAAGGCCGCCUUCUACAUCGUCUCGCAGUGCAUCGGUGCGAUCGCAGGAGCGGCCGUCAUUAAGGCCGCAACCCCGUCGGAGGUGGUCGGCCGUCUCGGCGUGACCGGAAUCGCCCCGGGACUGUCCACCGGCCAGGGUGUACUCGUCGAAGCGCUCAUCACCUUCAUCCUGGUGUUCGUGGUCCACGGAGUGUGCGACAAUCGCCGCUCCGACAUCAAGGGUUCGGCCCCGCUCGCUAUCGGACUCUCGAUCACUGCCGGCCACCUGGCUGCGAUUAAGUACACCGGCGCCAGCAUGAACCCGGCCCGCUCGUUCGGACCCGCCGUCGUAAUGGGCGACUAUAUUGAUCUUUGGGUGUACUGGGUUGGGCCGAUUGUCGGUGGCAUCGUGGCCGGUGCCAUCUAUCGUCUGUUCUUCAAAGUAAGAAAAGAUGAACACUAACAAAGUAGGGCAGGUGACUAACGACGCGCAGUACAUUUAGCCCGGAGCGUAAUCCGCUAGCCCAUCUUCAUCCGGGUCUCGACUACUGACGACUAACUUAUCAACCUAAAACCCACACAAACAUACAUACUUUCCGUGCCCGGCGAGGGCGGUUUUGGUUGCGAGAUGAAUAUUUUAACCCAACAACGGCGCGCGCCGGAGCGUGGGCUUUACGACGCGGCCACGUGGCGCGAGAAAGUCACGGCCUCGUCGAGGCGGCGGCGGCAGCAGCAGCACAACGAGGUGCGACCGAUUAUCGUGGGACUUUACACUACAGAGCGCAGCGCUUCUGAGGGUCAUUAGUCACGGAUAUAUUUAUUUAUUGGAUGUUUGAAAAAACACGAUCAAGGUAUUGGCAGAAUAGGGCGCGGAUGAGCGGGGACACCCCCGCAGCCACCGUAAGGACACCGUUUGAGAAUUACACUGAUAUUCGACACCAUUUUUUUGUUUUGUGGGUGCUAACCAAUCUAACACACCAACGGGUGAUCACCGCAACGCACACACGCUUCCCGUAAAGUCCCUUGCUCACGUGCAACUACUCGCUAACUUUCACGUGUGUAUGUCGCCUGUAAUGUCUUUGCGUUAGUAGAAGCGUAGCUCUCGAAUCCUGCGGUCUUGGACUUUGGAGCUGAAGCACACCCUGAAGUGCUGUAAAUAGUUCUACACUCUUGGGUUCGCGCAAAGAAAAACCCUGACAAAAGCUAUCAUUUCAUGCAAUAGGGGUGGUCACUUUUCCCGGUUUUGGUUUUGGCAACAUCACAAGUGGCUAGCGUGCC